UUCUUUUUCUCAUUUUUUUUUCUUAUUUCUUUAGUGAAAGUUCAUCCAAACUUCAAAAAGUAUAUAAAUCCCUUUUUCUUCCGUACUGUUCAGCACAGAGGAGAAGGAGAAGUGAAUUUUUUUUUGAAUUUAUCCAAACUUCAAAAGUAUAUUCCUUACUGUUUAGCAAAUAGAUAUAUCUCAAUCCCACAUUGACGAAAGCAUAAAAGAAAAAAUUCCCAUCCAAUAGGAGGGGCGGCCCAUGAAUAUUCCUUGCCUAAUUUGACACUCCAGAACUUCAGCUGGAACGCCCAUUUCUGAAGGAAAGCAUCCCAAACAGGUGCCUUUCUUCAUCCAAGCUGCUGACAUGCAGACAUAAAAAAUGUUGCAGCAAUCUGUGACGACCAAGCCGAGCAAUGGAUAAGGUUUCCAACACACCCCUGGCUCAUCUGCUCGGCGCAUUUCUUGUCCUUCUUGCACCAAUUUUCCUUCAAGGAGUUGAAGGAACAAUUGGUGUCAAUUAUGGUACAGUUGCUGACGACCUCCCUCCCCCAGUCCAAGUUGCGAGCUUCCUCCGUGAAUCCACCUUUAUCCGUCGUGUGAGACUCUUUGAUGCCAACCCAGAAAUCUUGAAAGCGUUUGCUCGCACUGGCGUUGCUGUGACUGUAAACGUCCCCAAUGAUCUAAUUCCGCAGCUUACCAUGUUGAGUUUUGCCCAACAAUGGGUGGAAAUUAACGUCCUGCCUUACGUCCCUGCCACCAACAUAGUGAGAAUACUUGUUGGCAACGAAGUAAUUUCAACUGCCAACAAGUUACUUAUUGUGAGCCUAGUCCCUGCUAUGGAAACCCUCCAGGUUGCCCUUGUUGAAAAGUCCUUGGAUCGUCACAUCCAAAUUUCUACUCCACAUUUCCUAGGUAUACUCUCAAAUUCAAGCCCACCUUCCACUGGGAAAUUUAGAUCAGGAUACGACAUCCAUAUUCUCAAGCCAUUGCUUGAGUUCCUUAGAGCUACUAAUUCACCAUUCAUGAUAAACCCAUAUCCAUUUUUUGAUUCUUCUGAUGACACACUUGAUUAUGCACUCUUUAGGCCUAAUCCAGGGGUCUUCGACGAGACCACACGACUCACCUACACAAACAUGUUGGAUGCGCAAUUAGAUGCAGUUUUUUCAGCCCUGAAGCUCCUGGAUUUCGAAGACAUUGAGAUUGUCAUAGCUGAAACUGGAUGGCCAUCGAGAGGAGAUCCAGGGCAAGCAGGAGUAGACACUGGAAGCGCUGCGGAAUACAACAGAAAGCUCAUACAGCACGUGAUGUCUGGAAUUGGGACACCACUAAUGCCCAACAGGACAUUUGAAACCUACAUUUUCGCGCUCUUCAACGAGGACUUAAAGCCAGGGCCAACAUGUGAAAGAAAUUUUGGGUUGUUCAAACCUGAUAUGACGCCAGUCUAUGACAUAGGAAUCCUACAUCCAACAGUAGCUAAUGCUGCUGCCAAUACUGAUCAUAGUAACACUAUUAGCAGAACAAAUUUGUUAAUCCUUCUGUUCGUGUGCUUGAUGUGCUUGUGAAAUUGCCUCCGGCUUGCAGGCAAUAAGCGAAUUUUCCGUCGUGCCCGACACCAAAGGCUGCACCUGUGAAUCAAACAACACCAGCGCCUGCUAAGGGGAAAUCAGGGACAAGUAAGGAAGCAUUACAGAGGAACCUGAUUAUGUCUCUGCGUUGGGAUUCGACUUUCGACUGCAAACAAAUCCAAUAUGGGAGUCCCAACAUUGUCCGAGCUCAUACUGCGUUAAAGAAAUGGAUCCUAUGCUUAGGCCAUCUCCGAUCCAUGCCAAAUUUUACACCAAAUGUUAUAUUUAGCGUAAAAUUUUGCUCCAACCCAUGCCAAAUUUUGCACC